AUGGGCUCACAUCUCUUUGCGUUUGCUUUGCUUCUCACUUUACACCAGAUUGAGAGGAAUCCAGCUCAUGCGGGGAUGUGUUGGCUGCAGCAGGGCCCAGAGCUCAGAUGUGACAUGGUGCUGAUGAGAGGAGUGACCCGCGACGAGUGCUGCUCCGGGGGAAGACUGGACACUGCCUGGUCCAACAGCAGCCUCCCCAUGAAUGAGAUCAGCCUCCUGGGAUUCCUGGGCAUUGUCUCCUGCAAACCCUGCAAAGAGAACUGUGAGGGAGUGAACUGUGGCCCAGGGAAGGUCUGUAAAAUGAAGAUGGGCAGGCCUCAGUGCCUGUGCGCCCCGGACUGCUCCCACCUGCCACUCAAACACUCGGUGUGUGGCAGCGAUGGACGCACUUAUAUGGAUGAGUGUGUUCUGCUCAUGGCUCGCUGUAUGGGACAUCCAGACCUGGAGGUCAUGUACCAGGGGGAGUGCAAGAAGUCAUGCACUAAAGUGGUGUGUCCUGGGACCCAUACGUGUGUGACUGACCAGACCAACAGCGCUCACUGCGUCAUGUGCCGCACCGCCCCCUGCCCCAUCCCCAUGACGACUGAGCAGCCUAUCUGUGGCAAUGACAACAUCACGUACCCCAGUGCCUGCCACCUUCGCCGGGCCACCUGCUUCAUGGGCCGCUCCAUAGGAGUGCGCCACUACGGACACUGCAACAAUCCUCCCCGGAAGUCUCCAAACUAUGAUGGCAGUGAGGAGAACGCUGUUUAG